AUGUCGACCUCGUACUACGAACCGCAGGGCUGGCAAGCUCCUGCCCGUCAGGCCUCGUGGGAGCAGCCCGUUCCUCCGUCUCGCUCAGGAACCAGCUCAGUCUCUCAAAGAGAUGAUUCGUCCGCAUUUUCUUCGCAGUUCGACGAGGUAGACCGCGCAAUUGACAACCUGGUGAAAAGCGGAAAGCUCUUCAACGGUCCACGGAGAGAAUCAAUGCCAAUGAUGAUGAUGGGCCGUCACUUCCCAGAAUACGAUCCCCGAAUGGCCGGAGGUAUACCACCUCAACGACACCAUUCAGUGAGUGAUUUCGACCAAUCUCGCGGCCACCCAGGAGCUGCGCUUCAAGGAUUCUAUGCCUCUCAGCGGUUCCAGGGUCGCCAGUCGGAGACGGAACAGAUGCUACAGGCGAAACGCCGCAUGGCCGCGCAGCGUGAGCGAGAGCUCCGUAAUUACCAUCAGGAGCAACAGUACAACCGAAGCCUUCUUGCCGAGAUGUCCGGAAACAAACCCGACCGCUCUCUGAGUCCCGCUGCAAUGAGCGAGGAAAGUCGCCGCGAAUUGAUUGCACGCCAGCACCGUGCUUUGUAUGGAAAUGAAAGUCCGGCCUUCUUUGCACCCGGUUCUCUCGGCGAGGAUGCACACAAUUCUCGCUCCGAUAACACAAACACCGGCACUCCAACUUCGGUUAGCGGUGGUGUCCGUGGACCUUCUCCUCGAGCAGUUGAUCCAUUCGGUAUGAGCCAGUCGCAGGAGGGCUUGGGUCAGAAUAGCGGAUCGAAUCCACUGCCUGCAACUGGUCGCCAGUCUCCUCGUGCUAAUAGAACUACGUCUCCCAACACCGGCGCCAACUCUUCGUAUGGUCUAUAUGAGAACGUGAAUGUCGAGCAGCCAAAUACCUCGAACUCCUCACCUGGCGGUGCCGAUUCGCCGUCAUCCCGCCAGCUGUCUUCUAAAUCAGCCGGUCAUCUGGGUUCGGUAGGACCGAUUGGAUCUCGUCCCUCUCAGCCUGCAACUAGCCAGGCCCAAAACCCGGCUCUGAACAAACGGUCUACCACGCCUUUGCCCUCACCCCUAGGCUUCGGCUUUGCGCCGAAUGAGAGCGCCACCACCGCAAACGAGCGAUCGAACUCCUCCGCAUCGAACCCGACCAACUCAGGGCAUACCAAUGCGAAGGAAAGUGCCUUCUCGUCUGGAUGGGGCAGCAACAGCGGCGUUUGGGGCUCUAAGAACCUUGGAGUACAAGCUUCCGUUUGGGGUUAGAGCCACUUUCGAUAUUCUUACAAAUGCUCUUUUUUUUCUCUCUCUCUCGGUUCUUCUUAUCUCGGAUUCUGGUACCUGCUGUGUAUUCAAAGCACCGCGGCGUUGUGAGUGGCAGCAUAACUGGAUUUAAUGGUUAUUUCUUUGGGGGGGGCGACAAAAGCGAACGUACAUAUUUUGUGAGAAGUCAAGGAAGGGAUUACUGUUUAUUCCUUUAUUAUUUGCGUCGGUGUGUUUUUUGCAAGUUGUCCGGUUCUUGGAAAUGGUUGAUAUAUUGGAAAGGUCAUUGGAGCACGGCAUGCUUUCUUUUUUGGUUGGGAAUCAUUCUUGUCUAUUGUUUUUACUGACUGUGUUUGGCCCUGGAACUGGUUGGCAAAGAGGAGGGGGUCUUGCUCUGGGUUUCUUUUUCUCGAAGGAGUUUUCUAUUCGCCCGAAACUGGUCUGAUGCAUCUGGUUUUUUCAUUAUUUUCUUGGCUCAAUUUUUUUUGGGUUCCAUUUUCCAUUUUUUUUUUCUUCUCAUUUUGGGAGUCUCAUUAUGCUUUGCGCUUCUGAGCGUUUUGAUGAUGACUGCGGACUUGCUGCAUGGAAUGGGUUUCUAUUUUCCCCCUCAAGUAUGUGAUUGAUUGUUGCGUUUGGUUUUGGUACAAUUUUAAUUCUUCUUGUUUUAUAACACUUUUUCCAUUUCCUCUAUGAAUAGUGUCGUUGUUUCCGCUCUAAGUUCGAUCUCUCUUGAUUACAAUUGUAUAUGGGAGGUAUAGUUUAACCGGGAAUUCAAUAUCUAUGGAGCAUGUUGUAUCCUGUCGUUUUUUCAUGUCUAUUACUUAUCUAUGGAUUUAUAUGAUUAGUUAAUAAUACCGCAUAUAUCGACUUUUUUCU